AAGAAAAGGAGAGGAGGUGGAGGAAAAGGUGGGAAAGAAGGAGAAAAGAAAAUCGGUGAGAAGUAGUCUCAAUGAGGCAGUAGGAUUUCGUCAUUUGCGUUAGUUGGUUCGAGAAAUACUAUUCGUUUUCUGUCAUUCAAUAUAAGUCCUACACGUCUUUUCUCUGUGUUGUCAUCUUAUUCGUAUUCGUAUUUAUCUUUCUUCUUUUAGUAUAUUGCCAAUAACAGAGGCUCGUUGCUACUUUUUUACAUGACAUAAUUGGUAUUUAAAAAAAAAGAAAUAGAAAAGAAGAGUUUUGGUUAUUUAUUCGUUAGUAUCGUCUCACACGGUUUUCACUUUACAACUUUCUACCCGAUUGCGUUUAUCGGUCCUCCUACUUCUUCGUAAUUUUUUUCCCCCCCUCGAGAUAGUUCCCCUUGUCUUUCUCGACGAAAGUAAGAGUUUGAACGAAAGUAGAGUCUCUACAAGUAGGUCCGGUUACACGUUCUAACUUUUCACGGACAUUUUUAUUCGAUACUAUUAAAACUAAAUGUACUGUUUGAACAGAACAAAAUUACAAUUUCUUUUCACUUGUUAAAUUUGAAAGAAAGAUAGAUUCAUCAUUAUAAAGUUUUGUUACUAUUUUGUUUUUUUUUCUUUUUCUUAAUUUAAAAAAAAAAAUAAAAAGUGGUAAAAAGAAACACAUAAAAGAGGAAAAAGAAUGAGGAAAGAUACAAAAAUUGAAGCUUCUCUCGGUCCUUUCUUUGAGAAGCAAACAUCAUCAUUGUCAUCUUCGUCGACAGUAACUGAGGGCGAAACAGAUUUGGAUAUUGCGAGAAAGGGAAUUGAUAAAAAAAGGAACAAAGAAGACAAAAUGUUAUCAAAACUCUUUGAAAAACAUGGCAGAUUUUGUGCUAGUCAUCCAUUAGAAGUGAUCGUAACAACUCUCACCGUUACUGCUUGUAUGGUAAAUAUGGGUACUUCGAAUGGACAAACUCGUAAUCCAGGUGUAUUACCUGUAUCAUUGAAUUGUCGGCAUAGUCGGUGUAAUCUUGAUGAUACAAGCGCUGCUGAUAUUAUAAUUAUGACUAUAAUACGAUGUCUCGCAAUUCUAUUUACGUAUCAUCAAUUUCGACAUCUCAAAAAACUUGGUUCGAAAUAUAUAUUAGGUAUUGGCGGGUUGUUUACAGUUGUUUCAAGCAUAAUAUUUACAUCGAUUGUCGUAAAUUUCAGUAACAUCUUCGAUUUAAAGGAUGCAUUCUUCUUUUUUCUUCUUUUAAUGGAUCUUUCGAAAGCUUCUGUCUUAGCACAGUUAGCUUUAAGUUCUAGAAAUCAAGAAGAAGUACGUGAUAAUAUUGCUCAUGGAAUGUCUCUUUUGGGUCCAACUAUAACAUUAGAUACUAUAGUUGAAACACUUCUUAUUGGAAUAGGUUCAUUAUCAGGCGUUAAACGUCUGGAAUUACUCUGCAGUUUCGCGUGUCUUGGUGCAAUAGUAAAUUAUUUAGUGUUUUUGACAUUAUAUCCUGCUUGCUUAUCACUUUUUCUCGAGCUUUCUCGAGGAAAUAACAAUAAGGGUCCAUUAAGUGCAGAUAAAAUUUUUAUGAUAUAUUCUUUCAACGAAGAGGAACAAAAAUCAAAUCCUGUGAUAGAACGUGUCAAACUUAUUAUGAUUGCUGGUUUAUUCGUGGUUCAUGCAAACAGCCGUUGGCCAUUUAAAAAUGAUGGAAAUAAGCAUACAGUGGAAAGUUCAGUAUCAACUAAUUCACAUAUUGUAGUAAAUGCAUAUAACGAAACGGAAAAAAAUUCAGAAAUAGAAGAAUAUUUAAUGAAUUGGAUAUCAGUUAGUGCGGACAAUAUUGUUAUAUUGAUCCUGCUAUUGGCACUGUCUAUAAAAAUUAUUUUCUUCGAAGAUAAAGAAGAUAUAGCGAGACAGUUGAGAUUUCAAGAAGAUACACAAAACAUCAUCGAAUCGGAAAGUACUGAAAAGAUGAAUGUUUCGUUAAAACAAAGAUUCGGAGUGACAAUGUCUAUCCAACGACCAGUUUUUCCAUUAUCUGAAAUAAAUGGAGAUUGGAUAGAAAUGAAAAAUGAACAUAACGUAGAACUUGUUGAUAAAGAAGUACAAGUCGAUGAAAAAGAAAGUUCAAUAGAUUCAUCAAAUAAUACGGACCUACUGCAUGGAUCUGUUGAACCGAGAAAUCUGGAAGAGUGUCUUGAAAUAUAUCGAUCCGAGCUUGGAGCAAGUGCACUGACAGAUACUGAAAUAAUGAAAUUAGUAGAACAUAAAUAUAUACCUGCAUAUCAAUUGGAAAAAGCUGUUGGAAAUAUGGAAAGAGGCGUCGGCAUCAGACGGCUCUUAUUAGGCGCCAGUGGAAAUGUUACCGAUUAUUUACUAGAAUUACCAUAUAAAAAUUAUGAUUAUACUAAAGUAUUAGGAUCUUGUUGUGAAAAUGUUAUUGGCUAUAUUCCUAUUCCCAUUGGCGUUGCUGGACCUUUACUGAUUGAUGGAGAAUAUUUCCAUAUUCCUAUGGCUACGACUGAAGGAUGUUUAGUGGCAUCUACUAAUCGUGGUAGUAGAGCAUUAUUGAAAUGUGGAGUUACAAGUCGUAUAGUAGCAGAUGGUAUGACGAGAGGACCUGUCGUCCGAUUUCCAAACAUUGUAAGAGCUAGCGAAGCUAUGGCAUGGAUGCAAAAACAAGAAAAUUUUCAAGAAAUGAAAAUUAGUUUUGAUCAAACUAGUAGAUUUGCUAGAUUGAUCAAAAUCCAUGCACGUAUUGCUGGCAGGUAUUUGUUUAUUCGCUUUGUAGCUAAAACAGGCGACGCCAUGGGAAUGAAUAUGCUCUCAAAAGGAACAGAAAAAUCGCUGCAAACUCUUCAAACAUAUUUUCCCGAUAUGGAAGUAUUAUCACUUAGUGGUAAUUUCUGUACAGAUAAAAAGCCAGCAGCUGUAAAUUGGAUCGAAGGUAGAGGUAAAAGUGUAGUGUGUGAAGCGGUAGUGCCAUCAGAAAUUGUGAAAAGUGUAUUAAAGACAUCUGUUCAUGCAUUAGUUGAUGUCAACAUAAGCAAAAAUAUGAUAGGAUCAGCAAUAGCAGGUAGCGUAGGUGGAUUCAAUGCUCAUGCUGCGAACAUAGUGACUGCCAUUUUUAUAGCCACUGGACAAGAUCCUGCACAGAACGUCGGUAGUAGCAAUUGUAUAACAUUAAUGGAACCUUGGGGACCAGAUGGUACAGACUUAUGUGUCUCUUGCACAAUGCCAAGUAUCGAGAUUGGUACUAUUGGCGGCGGGACUGGACUUCCCGCACAAAGUGCGUGUUUAGCUAUGUUAGGUGUGAAAGGAGCCAAUAUGGAAGAACCUGGUGAAAAUGCUAGUAAAUUAGCAAGGAUAGUUUGUGCUACAGUGCUUGCAGGAGAAUUAUCUCUAAUGGCCGCUCUAACAGCUGGACAUUUAGUCAAAAGUCAUCUUAGGCAUAAUAGAUCAUCGACCACGGUAAGCAACCCUAUAAGCAUUGUGCAAAGUGACAAAGAUAAAAAAUUAUCUGUUCCAAGUAUAUCAUUACCUUCACCAAAACAAUGUUCAGAAUAUUAACAUAAGUAUAAGUAUUAUUUUUAAUGCGAUUAUGAAAAACUAAACGAUACUUUUCAGGCUGCCUUUAUGAUUUUUUGUGGGUUUCUAAAAAACACGCUAUUAAAAAAUAGAAAAUAAUUCUUCCACACAUUUCUUAUUAAAUAUAUAAACAUAACAAUAGAAAUUUCAA